CGAGAUAGAGAGACAGAGAGAGAGAGCGAGAGAGAGAGAGGCUGAGAGACUGUGUAAUAGAGAAAGCGCACGCGAGAGAGAGAGAGAGAGAGAGAGAGAGAGCAGCUGUGUGACAGAGAGAAAGAGAAUGAGGCAGGGUGCUUAGAGGAGUGAGAGAGCCAAGGAAGAAAUAAGGAACACAUUUUACAAGAGCAGAAAGAGGGAGGAUCGCAGACGAGGGACUCCUUCUCCACUGGGCACCCGGGACACUGUCACUGUGGGGGCUUUUUUCACUCGUCUACUAGCUGGAACUCAGUGGAUUGAAUAACCAACCGGUGGAUAUUUUUUUUUAAAAAAUUAUAUGCUUGUGUCACAUCAUUUAGAAACUGGGAUCUUUUCUCUGUUAUCUGUCCUCCCGCUGGCUCAACCGUUACGGACUGAAAUUGCUUUGCGUGUCUGUGUUCAGCUCUCGUGUUGUGACUCUGCUCCUUGCACAAAGUGCAUCUGACGGCGCUGAGGAUAUCUCCCCUCUGUCAAACAGGACAGCACGCAGCCAUCGUCGAAUCAGACAGAGGCAAGAGAGAAAGUGUGUGUGUGUGCGCGUAUAUGUAAGAGAGGGAAAGAGAGAGCGAGAGGGGCAGCUAGAGAGAGAGUCAGAUUCACAGUGUUUGAGAGAGAGGGAGACAGACAGAUUAAAGCCCAGGCAAAAGACUGGAGUGAAACAGCUUAAAUAGAGAAGUGAACGUAUACGUCCUUUCCCGUUUUCCUUACCAUUCCUUUCCUCCUCCUCUCCUCCUCCUCCUCUUCUCCCAUUUUCCAACAUUUAUUGGACUGCCAGAGCUACUGCCACCUGCACCUCCUCGCGUCUUCUCUUUCCUCUUCUUCCUCUACCUCACCCUUAUUAGGCGUUAAUAUCCGACAGCAGCCUCUGUAAAACACGCCUGUCUUGCUUCUAGCACUUGUGGAAAUAUUUGCAUUGAUCCAAGAGUGUGAGACUGAGUGAGCAUCUGCCUUGGUACUGAUUCCCUGGACCGGUAAGACACAGUUCGUCAGGAGCUUCCUCAUCAGAGGCAGACCUUCUCCCAGCCACUGUCCGACACGCAAACCCUGCUUUCUCCCUGGAGGGAUCAGCGAGUGACACAGCGGUGCGGAUAGCAAAGACAGGAAUUGCACAGUCCCUUCAUUGCCUCUAUCCCAUUGCUAGCUACUUGGCAGCUCCCGCCCCCGUGUCACCAUUCCCUGCCUCAGUGCUAAGGAUUCCAGCUACAUGGGCAAGCGAUUGGAGCAGCAGCCAAUGUACCCUCAGUACACCUACUACUACCCCCACUAUCUCCAGACCAAGCAACCCUAUGCUCCACCCCCUCAUCCCAUGGCUCCUCCCAGCCCCAGCACCAACAGCUGCAGCCAGGGAGGGGCGGAGCAGCUGAGUAAGACCAACCUGUACAUUCGAGGCCUGCCACCUGGGACCACCGACCAGGAUCUCAUCAAACUCUGCCAACCGUAUGGGAAAAUAGUGUCAACCAAGGCCAUUCUGGAUAAGAACACUAACCAGUGCAAAGGAUAUGGCUUUGUGGACUUCGACAGCCCAGCUGCAGCACAGAAGGCCGUGUCAUCUCUCAAAGCCACUGGGGUGCAGGCCCAAAUGGCCAAGCAACAAGAGCAGGACCCCACCAACCUGUACAUCUCCAACCUGCCAGUGUCUAUGGAUGAGCAGGAGCUGGAGAAUAUGCUGAAGCCUCUGGGUCACGUCAUCUCCACAAGGAUACUGAGGGAUGCCAACGGGGUCAGCAGAGGAGUCGGCUUUGCCAGGAUGGAGUCUACAGAGAAAUGUGAAGUAGUGAUACAGCACUUCAAUGGAAAAUACCUGAAAACCCCACCAGGCAUUCCAGCUCCCACGGAGCCUUUGCUGUGCAAAUUUGCCGACGGAGGGCAGAAGAAACGCCAAAGCCAGAGCAAGUACCCUCAGAAUGGAAGGCCGUGGCACAGAGAAGGCGAGACUGGCAUGGCGUUAACAUAUGAUCCUGCUGCAAUGCAGAAUGGGUUCUACUCCUCGCCUUACAGCAUCGCCACCAACCGCAUGAUCGCACAGACCUCCAUCACGCCCUUCAUCGCUGCUUCCCCCGUUUCCACAUAUCAGGUCCAGAGUACGUGGAUGCCUCAUCAACAAUAUGUUAUGCAACCUACAGGUGCAGUGAUCACGCCAGCCAUGGACCACACUAUGUCCAUGCAGCCUGCCAAUAUGAUGGGCCCUCUCACUCAGCAGAUGAACCAUCUGUCCCUGGGCACUACAGGAAGUUACAUGACUGCUGCAGCCGCCGCGGCGCCUAUGCAAGGGACCUACAUUCCCCAGUACACUCCUGUGCCUCCAACCGCUGUCCCUGUCGAAGGAGUGGUGACAGACGCUUCACCCCAGACAGUGGCUCCUUCAUCACAGGACGUGGCUGGCCAGCAGCAACAGAUCCAGGUGGACAGUGCUACUGACCAUGUUCCUGCUUACUCAUACCAGUCCAAGUACGUCCAGCAGGAGACAGUUUCUGCUAACCUUUUAUAGCAACGGCCUGAGCGAAUGUUCCUGUGACAGCGUUGCCUUGAGACAGAAGGUGGCUGCACUGUGAAUGUGAGGAGAAAGAGAGAAGAAAAGAGAUUGCUUCCAGAUUGCCCAGGCACCAAAAAAAAAAGAGACACUUUUUUCAUUUCCUACCUGGCCUACAAGAAAAAAAAAAUCAAGAAGGAGGCAAAGAUUGCAGAGGAAGGGGAUGGGGAAAAUUGCUGGGCACAGUGCAAAGAAGUGAAUUUGUUUAGUCUGGGAACCUGCCUGAAGGGGCUGGGCUGAAGCUUGAAAAGUUUCUCAAAGAAAAUUCUCAACGAAUUGAAACAAAACAAAGAAAAACUACAAAAAAAAGAAAAAAAAUUGAAAAUUCGGGAAAAAAAAAAAAGGUUGAAUGCGCAGGUAGGUGAUGAAGUUUAUUUUGUAAUUAGAAAAGGGGAGUCAAGUUUGAGAUACACACAGAGAUUGUCUUCCUCAGAUAUUAAGCUACAGUUUCUUUUCUGUCUUUUUAUGUUCUAGUGUUAAAUCUUAGUUUUCUAGAUAUAUUCGAAAAACAAGGUGUUUUUUUUUUCUCCUUUCUUUCUUGAAUCUUCAUGGCCUUAAUUUGAAGGGCGCCAGAAACUUUUUACAGAGAUUAAGUCUGACGUCAUGUUGGGAGGAAAAGAAAAAAAAAAAAAAAGCUAACAAAAACAGUCUCUUGGACCACUUGGAGGGUACAAGACACUAGAUGAAUUGUUCUAAAGAGGAAAAAAAAGAAUCUAUCACAUAAGCUGUACAGAUUUAAUAGAGAAGAGCUUUUUUUUCUUUUCUUCAUUAGAAGAAAACUUUGAUAAUUAUUAUGUCAGAGGUAACUAAGUGU